UGGUCAAGCACCAUACGUGAUUUAAAGUUGGCUUUACGCCAACUGCAGGCUCAUUCCGAAUAACUUUAGGUAAAGACAUACAGUAUUCUUACUACUUUCUGGCUCUACCACUGAACCCUGGGUCUCUUCUUCCAAGAACAGAAACAAGUACCUCUCAAAGAAAGCGAGAAGGCUUCAAUGCAUCUCUUUUGAAAUGAAGAGCAACAAAUAAUUUACAUAACUACACCUACACACAGUACUGGAUAUGGCUCUCGUUUGGCGUAAAAGCUGCCAAUCGUCGGCACAUCACACAGAUGGAUCUCCAAAGCAACGACUUAACAUGACAGGCCCUCUCUGUGAGUUCACGUGCCGCCACCCAACAGUGGAGCCCUUUCAUCAGAGGACAGUGCCGCUAAUUGCUGAGCCAGAGUCAGAGAAGGCGCUGAAGUGGAAAGGUGAUUAAAUUCAGUCUUUGGAGUGGAGGGCAGCGAACAACGCGCUCUCUUUCCCGAGCUCGCACCAUUGACGCAGUAGAGCCCACCCUUAACACCCCUCCUCCUACUGAGAGCGUAUGAGUGCACACACACGCGCCCAUACUCUCGUGUUUGUGUGGCUGUGAAAGGCUCAGACACUGCUGGCAACGCACACAGCUCCUGUGCUCCAUGCCAGCGCCGCUCAGCUGCACUCCUAUUUGUUACCCCGCCCGCCCGCUCGCACACACGCUCCCCACACACUCCGCCAGGCUGGGUGUGAGGAACGGCAUGGAAUGGAAUCUCAGAAGGAUGGAGAGCGAGCUGAGACAGAUCAACCCUGACUUGCUGCAGCCCAGCAAGAGCUUUAAGAAACCUUCUUCAGGCACCAUCACCAUCAACGUGGGGGGAUACCUGUAUGCAGCACAGCGGCACACCCUGGUCAAGCACCCCGGCUCUCUGCUGGAGGAGAUGGUCAGCGGGAAGAAACCCGUGGUGCACGUGGAUUCCAUGGGCAAUACCUUUAUCGACCGUGACGGCCCCAUCUUCCGGCACGUUUUGAACUUCUUGCGCAUGGGUGAGCUGCUACUACCCGACGACUUCAAGGAAGCGGAGCUGCUCAGACGCGAGGCUGACUUCUACCGGCUGAGCGAACUGGCCCAAGCCCUGCAGGAAUGGGAGCAAAAGCAGGCCGCGCAACGUGAGCCUGCCUUUCUGGAGGUGACAGACAGCCACGAGCGCUCCCAUGGUCUGAGGGUCUACUGCAGUGACAACGGGUUUAUCGAGAAGGUGAAGAGCCGUCUGGUGCAGAUCUCCAAGAGCCGACUAGAUGGCUUUCCGGAAGAGUUCGAGGUGUCGUCCAACAUCAUCCAGUUUCGGCAUUUCAUCAAAUCAGAGCAGGGUUCUCGGCUUGUGCUGAAGCAGGACAGCACGUUUUUGUGUACACUAGAGUGUCUGAAGCUGGAGACGGUGAUGCUAGCUCUGAAAGGAGGCUUUCGUCUGCUUACCAGCCUAGACAGCAGCCGCGGAUCAGUGGUUCAGUGCGAGGCUCUGCAUUUUGUCAAGUGACCCAACCAGAACUGUCACCUCUAACCACAUGACCUGCUGUAAACCCAUCUCAUGAACGAACACCAGCGUCCCCAACCGAAAUCCUGUUCUGGAAUAUUCCACUCUGCUUCUGCAUUACACACUCCUACUAACAGCCUUGAUAGACAAGAGAGAUUAUAUGUACUGUGGAUUUGUUUUUGUUUUGUAUACUGUAUGCAGUUUUCUUCUGUUUACAUGUUGCUUUUAGAGGGAGAGUGCGUACUGUACUGUACACGAUGAGAUACAUUUGAAUCGCAGAGUACUCUGGAGUCAAAAGGUUGCAAUGCAAGUGCAAUGAUCAUUACAUCUGUGUGCAAAUUUUGUGAUUUCUGGUAAUGUGAAAAAUUAUAGUGAACAACAGGUUGUAAUCUGAAGUCUGUGAAUGUUUUCCAAAAUAAAGCGGAAAUAUAAUUUGACUGAACUGUUUAAAUGUUUAUGUUCAUUAAUAGUUUGCACUGCAACACUGUAUAGGACUUUCUCAGUGAAGUAUGAACAAUCUUAUCGAAAUGUAACUUGACAAAUUGCAGUGGGUUGUAUAAAUAUAGCUUCAUUUUU